AUGAAUCCCCCAAGCAUUUUCAACUGGGACCGAAUCGGGCGGGCUCUCAAGAAAGGUCGUGGGCCGGAGAAGAUGCCGCUGCAGUCCACCUUUGACGAGAUUGCCACCGCCUAUUUCAAGGAGGUAAUCUGGAAGGACAAGAAGGUCUCCCUUCAUGAUCAGCUCCGUGACUGCCGCGAGAUGUUGGAGCACAGUGAGUAUGCCUGGGCGGAUGUCCCCACUGAGGAUGACCAUACCCCCGAGACCGCUAAGACCAAGAACAUCAUGCUGGUUGAGGUGGCUGUCCGCCGCACAUUCUUCAGACUUUGCCAGAGCUGGAUUAAGGAGAGGAUGGAGAUGGCUGGGGUUUCGGAGGGGACUGAGAAUCCUGGCGUGUUGGAGGGGACUGAGAGCCAUCCAGGUAAGCGAUGCUGA